AUGGCGACCAAACCGCGUCCUCUAGUCCGGGAGUCUCUGCAGUGUCCUGUUUGUUUUAAGGACUUCACACCAGAGACAAUUAACGCGCACCUCGACGUGUGUCUUCUAGAAAGUUCUACUAACAACAGUCCGUCAGCAGCUGAUGAGAGCGGGUCUCCUCCUGAGAAGAAACCGCGUAUCAGUGCGGAGCAUGUGAACAAAUCUGCUCCCAGCACCUCCUCCUCAAUGUUUCCUCUGUUUCAGACCAACGGGAAACUUAGCGUUCAAACUGAAAGUGCUGGUGUGUUCACCAGUAAACAAAGUCCUAUCAGAGCUGACAGAAAGGGGAUUAAGCAGACAGAAGUUGAGUCUGGACCAGCAGGUGAUAUGGAAGCUCUGCUGAACCGGAAACCCGCAUCAUCUGUGCCCAGCAGUGAGACUUCGAAGAAGACAAGUAAUGAUUUAACGCCACAGACAUUGUUGACAUUUAACAAACCUCUGGCAGAGAUUCUGAGACCAAACACACUGGAGGAGUACUUUGGUCAAAGUAAGGUCGUGGGUCAGCAGACGCUUAUCAGAUCACUCCUGGACUCCCAGGAGGUCCCGUCUCUGAUCCUGUGGGGUCCACCAGGAUGUGGAAAGACCACUUUAGCCCACAUAAUUGCCAGCAGCAGUAAAAAGAGAGGAACGGCUCGUUUCGUCACACUGUCAGCCACCAGUACUUCCACCAGUGAAGUCCGAGAGGUGAUCAAACAGGCACAGAACGAGCUCAGGCUGUGCAAGAGGAAGACCAUCCUGUUCAUCGAUGAAAUUCAUCGCUUCAACAAGUCCCAGCAGGACACUUUCCUUCCCCAUGUGGAGUGCGGGACGGUAACUCUGAUUGGAGCAACCACUGAGAAUCCAUCCUUCCAGGUGAAUGCUGCGCUGCUGAGCCGGUGCAGGGUUCUGGUUCUGGAGAAACUGUCUGUGGAGGCAAUGGGUUUGAUUUUGAACAGAGCUGUGGCAACACUUGGAAUCAAAGUCUGGAAACAAGAUCCAUCAAAUCCCCAGAAUCAAGUCCGAACCAGUGGACAUGAACCAAAUAUACACAUUGAACAAAAGGCUUUGGACACCAUUGCCUACCUCUGUGACGGUGAUGCAAGAACGGGCCUCAACAGUCUCCAGCUAGCUGUACAGGCUCAGAUGAAGUCGAUACAUUCGACCCUUUUGACUCGAGAAGGUUCUUCUCAAGAGGUGGUGGUGACGGAGCAGCAUAUCAAGGAGGGUCUCCAGAGGUCCCAUAUCCUCUAUGAUAAAGCUGGUGAGGAGCAUUACAACUGUAUCUCGGCGCUGCAUAAAUCCAUGAGAGGCUCCCAUGAGAGCGCGUCUCUCUACUGGCUGGGCCGCAUGCUGGAGGGCGGCGAAGAUCCGCUCUAUGUGGCUCGCAGACUGGUCCGCUUCGCCAGUGAGGAUGUGGGUCUGGCAGAUCCCGCCGCCCUUCCUCAGGCUGUUUCCGCCUUCCAGGCUUGUCACUUCAUUGGGAUGCCUGAAUGUGAGGUGAUCCUGGCCCAGUGUGUCGUCUACCUUGCACGAGCGCCCAAGUCAGUGGAGAUCUACAAGGCCUAUGCCAACGUAAAGGCCUGUCUGAGAAACCACAAAGGCCCCCUGCCUCCCGUCCCCUUGCACCUCCGAAAUGCCCCCACCAAACUGAUGAAGCAGCUCGGCUAUGCUAAAGGCUACAAAUACAACCCGGAGUUCAGCAGCCCUGUUGAGCAGGAGUACUUACCCGAGGAGCUGCGGAAAAUUGACUUCUUCAACUGGACACCCUCAGACUUAUGAGUUUUUGCUGCAAUGAUUUACUCUAAAAAAAAAA